AUCAGCCCCGGAGCCGAGUUGAACGCGAGCCUCUUGUCUGAACCGGAGAGCGAGCUCACAUCAUUCAGUGGCGCAUGCUUUACGGAGUUAUGUACCUCGCGCUGUCUUGCCCUCUGAACUGCCUGCCGUCAUGGAUUGCAAACCGCGCGCGAAACCACUACUACUUUGUAUUUUUCUGUUCAUCUUGUCGUUUAUUUGCCCAGCACUUCUGAUCAUCCACCCGUCCAAUGAAGUGAACCUGUUGGACUCCAAAGCCAGCCAGGGGGAGCUGGGAUGGAUCUCCUACCCAUCACACGGGUGGGAGGAGAUCAGCGGAGUUGACGAGCACUACACUCCCAUCAGGACCUUCCAGGUGUGUAACGUGAUGGAGUACAGUCAGAACAACUGGCUGAGGACCAACUGGAUCCCCCGCCAGUCGGCCAAGAAGAUCUACGUGGAGCUAAAGUUCACCCUGAGAGACUGUAACUCCAUCCCCCUGGUCCUGGGGACCUGUAAGGAGACCUUCAACCUGCUGUACCUGGAGACGGAUGAGGACCAGGGCAGCCGCUUCAGAGAACACCAGUUCUCCAAGAUCGACACCAUCGCUGCAGAUGAGAGCUUCACUCAAAUGGACCUGGGGGACCGCAUUCUGAAGCUCAACACGGAGGUCCGGGAGGUGGGGCCUGUUACCAAGAAGGGCUUCUACCUGGCGUUCCAGGACGUGGGGGCGUGUGUGGCCCUGGUGUCAGUCAGGGUGUACUUUAAGAUGUGCCCGUUCAUCGUUAGGAACCUGGCCUCAUUCCCUGACACGGUGCCCAUGGACACUCAUUCAUUGGUGGAGGUGAAGGGCUCGUGUGUCAAUCACUCAAAGGAGCAGGAGCCACCACGUAUGUACUGUAGCACAGAGGGAGAGUGGCUAGUGCCCAUAGGGAAGUGUCUGUGUAACGUCGGCUAUGAGGAGAGAGGGAGUUCCUGCCAAGCAUGCAGAGCAGGGUUCUAUAAGUCUCUGCUGGGUAACGUCCAGUGUUCUAAGUGUCCACCUCUCUCUCUCUCCUUCUCUCUCCAGCAUGCAGAGCAGGGUUCUAUAAGUCUCUGCUGGGUAACGUCCAGUGUUCUAAGUGUCCACCCCACAGCUUCACCCAUCAUGAGGGAGCUCUACACUGUGGCUGUGAGAAAAACUACUUCCGCGCUGAUGGAGACCCGCCAUCUACGGCCUGCACACGUCCUCCCUCAGCUCCUCGUAAUGUGAUCUCAGUCAUCAACGAAACCUCAGUGAUUCUGGACUGGUCCUGGCCAGAGGACACGGGAGG